ACAAAAUUCUCGCGCUUGAGCCUUGAUUGAGGGACGUGAGUGGUAUCUGACAACGAUCAGUAGCUGGGCAUCAACAGCGAUAGGCGUAGCACGAACCUCUCCCUUUGAAAGCUUUCGCUCCUCUGUAUUCCUACGUAUAUAUCGCUGGUGGCAUUUCGGAAACUCACGGCAGUGGUAGGGCAUAGGCGCUUUGCAAAUUCUCUUAAGACUUUGAGAAUCCCUGUUCCUCUGCACCCCAUCCUGAACGCGGAACGAUGCCUCGAGGCGUGCGUCGGAACUGGACCAUUGCAGACCGCUUGGAACUUCUUGGCCUCCAAACAUGCGACAAGAAGCGACAAGACCAUUCUUUGGCUACAAGACGUCCUGUCUUCAGAUAUGAGCCCGUCAUUACACUGUACUACACUGAAUUAUCUUCGCUUUCUAGCUUGCUGCUCCGCGAAGAAGUUACCAACCUCGACCGAUUUGACCCGCACCUCUUUGACAACGAGCUGGGAAAACUUCUGGAGACGUAUGGUCCUCUGAUUUGGCCCGAAACAGGUGAAGGCAACAGAUUGCAUCUUCUUAUGCCACAAGAGGGCACGCUGUAUGAAUCAGACCUUGUAUAUCCGAGGGAUACUGCUGUCCUAAAGAGACACAUGCGGGCGAUUGUUCUAUGCAAAGAGGCUGGCACUGAUACCAACGUCGAGGGACUCAUGGCGAAGACGCAGAGGGAUUCAGAGCUCAAUGCACAUAAUGAGGCUAGCUCAGCCCAAGUUACACCACACAAGAGGCAGGCGCAUGAUACUUUGCCAGAACUAUCCAGACAUCGGCGGAAAAUGCGUAUCGAACAGAGGAGUGACGAGGAAAACACAGGCGAACUCAGCUCCGAAGAUUCAACCCCUGGGACUAAGACACGACAUCAGACUCGAAUGAAGAGCAAACGCUCGCCCGAAGCACAGUUCAAGAUCGAACUACGACUCUAUCGCAGAACAAAACAACCUAUUCCUCCUAGGCUAGGACCCGUUUGGCCUUGCGGUACUUUGUUCCUCACCACUGAAUGGAACUCGUCCGAUCACUGUUUCUCUCAGGUUUGCGAGCAGAUUGAAACCGACUGCAGUUUCAUGGUCUUCCAACUACCUGAGGAUAUGUCACGCGAGGGGCAGGUUCGACUGGAUCGAGGGUCUAGAGACUCAGAGGCAACAUUCGAGCGUAUCCUUGGCAUCUUUCGGAAGGCAGGGAAAUUUCCUGGUAAACCCCAGCACCGUUCUGUUGAGGUUGAAGUCGGCCUUGAAUUGCCCAUGGAGGACUGACCACACUGCUUAUCAGUUUCUCCAGUCACACACCUCUGCAGCUUUUCCAUAGCUCCUCACUCUUUAGGCACGAACUUUGGUAUAUCAAUGACCUCUUUCCUAUGUAGUAUUUUCUUGAAUGCGCGGGUAUACUCAGUCAACCCUUCGAUGUAGUUAAUACAUUCGCCUAACUCAAUCAACAGCUCGAUGAACGCUUCAUUGUACAUACC